AUGGCCACCGAACAAAUUCCUGUCGCGCCUAAGGCACGACGUACGGUCAUUAAGGGCUCGUGCACGCGUAUCAAAACAUACGUAGACGCUGUUUCUAAUGUAACGCCGUCGGUAAUUGCUCAACUUGAAGAGCGAAAGGCGAAACUGGACGAUUACUGGGUCGCGUAUCACGAGGUACAAUCGCAACUCGAGGCGUUAGAUCCAAACGAGACUAAGGAUCGCGUAGGAUUCGAAGACUCGUUCUACGCGCUUUCAGCUAGAAUUCGCGAAAUUCUUCGUCCGGCAUCGACGCCACGCGCACCGACGAGCCCGCCCUCCGCAACGACGAACCCGCCCCCCGCGUCACAAACAUCCAAUGGAUCCGAGAGUCGCAGUAGCAUCCGAUUGCCCAAGUUGAAUCUUCCAUCGUUCUCCGGCAAAUAUGACGAAUGGUUUCCAUUCUACGAUUCGUUUAAUUCAAUAAUUCAUUCCAAUCUUUCAAUUAGCAAGGUGCAAAAAUUGCAAUAUUUGAAAACUUCGUUAACGGGAGAAGCAAGUAAUAUAAUAAGCUCAUUAGAGAUCUCAGACAUAAACUACGAAGUAGCAUGGAAUUUAUUGAAGGAGCGUUAUGACAAUAAGCGCAUAGUUGUGCAUACGCACAUCAAGGCAAUAAUGGAACUGCCGGCAAUGACGAAGGAAAAUUCAACUGGGCUGCGACGAUUCUCGGAUGGUGCCACCCGGCACAUACAGGCGCUUCAGGCACUCAAACGUCCUACGCAACAUUGGGACGAUAUAAUCGUACACGUAUUAAGUUCAAAACUCGAUACACUCACACUGCGAGAAUGGCAAGCGUCGCUAGGGGGAUCGGAUCCUCCCACGAUUAAACAGUUCGAGGAGUUCAUUAACCGUCGUUGCCAAAUGCUUGAGGCGACCGGCAAGUCUAAUGACACACCAUCGAAGGAUGCCAACAAAAGAUCGCAACCAAGCGAAAGGCGCCAGGCUUCCUGCGUAGCCACCGUCAAACAAAGGUGCAAUUACUGUAAUGGCGAGCACGCUGUAUAUUACUGUAAGGACUUCCUGGAUUUGUCCGUACCUCGGAGAAUCACCGCAGUUCGUGAACGCAAGCUGUGCGUCAAUUGUUUGCGCUCCCCCGCUCAUGCUUUAAACAAAUGUACCUCGAGGGGGUGCAAGGUUUGCAAGGUAAAGCACAACACAUUGCUGCAUCAAGCCGACUCAUCAACAAACAAUCCCGAGCCGCCCAAGGACUCGAAGACGCCAACAUCAUUGGUCGCAACAGGAACGUACGUCUCAAGCAACAGCUGCGAGAGGUAUACCAUGCUUUCCACCGCAGUUGUCAACGUUUUCGAUUGUAAAGAAUCACCGCUACCAUGUCGCGUCCUACUUGAUUGCGGUUCUCAAGCCAACUUCAUUUCACGAGAAUGCGUGAACACCUUGGGUUUGAGGACACGCCCGUGGAAUAUAUCAAUCUCUGGUAUAAGCAACACAGCCACUAAGGCUACGCAAUCGGUCAAGAUACAAUUACAGUCUCGUCUGAACUCAUACACGGCGGCGGUGGAUUGCAUCGUAAUGGAUCAGAUCACGGAUAAGCUGCCCGCAUUUACCAUGCCACGGGGAGAGUACAACCUUCCGCACAAUCUCAACUUGGCGGAUCCGCAAUUUAACGUCUCGUCGAAAAUCGACAUCCUCCUCGGGGCGGAAAUAUUCUGGGAAUUACUAUGCGUGGGGCAAGUCAAGUCCUCCCCCAGUCACCCAACCUUGCAGAAGACGCGAUUCGGUUGGAUCUUAGCGGGGCGCCUGAGCAACAGCCGGGAUUCUGAAAGGAACAUACGCUCCUUCCACGCAUCCAUUUCCAACGAUCAAUUACAAGAAUAG